UGCAACUGCAGACAACAGUAGUUAAAACGUCGUAGAAUGUUAAAAAAAAAAAAAAUGAAAUACAACUUUUUAUGACAUGCCGUAAUUGGAUUUGUGUUGUCGAUGUGUAAGGAAAUGUCUGAUGCUGUAGUUCUUUCUUCCCUGAAGGAAGAACUGUUUGAAUUUAACAAAGGCAUCCUCGUGACCGGCGGAGCAGGGUUUAUUGCUUCUCAUGUGGUUACAUCCCUUGUUGAAAAAUAUCCAGACUGUCUCAUCAUAAAUCUAGAUAAGUUAGAUUAUUGUGCAAGCCUAAAGAACCUUGAAUGUGUGGCUCAAAGAACAAACUACCGAUUCAUCCAGGGUGAUAUUUGCGAUUCAUACUUUGUUAAGCUUCUGUUUGAAACUGAGAAGAUAGACAUUGUCCUACAUUUUGCAGCUCAAACACAUGUAGAUCAAUCUUUUUGGUGUUCUUCGGAAUUUACAAAAGUGAAUGUGUAUGGUACCCACGUGCUAGUGAAAGCUGCAUAUGAAGCUGCUGUUGAGAAGUUCAUCCAUGUCAGCACAGAUGAAGUUUAUGGAGACAGCAUAGAGGAGGAAUUUGACGAAUCGUCACCUCACCGACCAACAAAUCCAUAUGCAGCAUCGAAAGCAUCUGCAGAAUGUAUAGUAUUGUCAUACUGGGAAAAGUACAAGUUCCCAGUUAUAAUUACAAGAAGCAGCAAUGUUUACGGACCCCACCAAUACCCUGAAAAAGUCAUUCCAAGAUUUAUAUCCUUGCUGCAACAUAACAGAAAGUGCUGCAUCCAUGGCUCAGGGCUACAAGUGCGCAAUUUCCUUUAUGCCUCUGACGUCACAGAGGCCUUUCUCAUUGUUCUGGAGAAGGGGGCCCCAGGAGAGAUCUACAACAUGGGAACCAAAUUUGAGCUGUCAGUUCUGCAGCUUGCCAGAGAGUUAAUUCAGCUGAUCAAAAGCAUUGCAUCAGAGUCUGAGGCUGAACAGUGGCUGGAUUAUGUCAGUGACAGACCAUACAAUGAUCUGAGGUAUCCAAUGAAUUCAGAAAAGCUGCAUCGACUUGGUUGGAGACCAGAAGUAUCAUGGAAGGAAGGAAUUGUAAGAACAAUUGACUGGUACAGAGAAAACUUCCACAACUGGCAAAAUUCAGAAAAGGCUCUGAAACCGUUUCCAUUAUGUUCUUAUCCUGAAAAGUGAAGGAAAACAGUAAUUUAUUUAAUCCAGUGGACCUAUACGGAAUCCAAAGAACCUUUUAACUUGUAAUUGGAUCAAUAAAAUGAAGUAGCAUUAAAUGAAGGCGCGUAAAUUAAGUGUAAGGAUAAAAGAUUUAUUUAUUUUGGGUAGUUCUAUUUUCACUAGAAAAAAAGUAGACCUUUAUUCCAAAUGUCUUUGUAUCUGUAUGUCAUUUAUAUUAUGUAUAUACUCAAGAAUUCUUAAUAGGAGUCAGCUGGACACUAAGCUGUAUUUGAACUGUAGGCACUAAUGUGCCAAGCAGUGCACUCAGCUGUAAAACUUCUGGAAUUUAAAGCCUGAUAUCAAUACCAUUGUGUCUUAAUUAUGAAAUAUAAAUAAAUGAGUACUGUGCAUUUUAAA